AAAUUCAGAAUCCACUUUACCUGCAUUUAAUUAACAUGGCCGGAAUUCCACCAGCAUUGAAAAAUCCUGAAAUUAAGUAUACCAAGAUUUUUAUCAACAAUGAAUGGGUUGAUUCUAAAGAUGGUUCAACAUUUGAAACCUGCAAUCCUUCAACAGAAGAAAAGAAUGCUGAUGUAGCAGAAGGAAAAGCGGCUGACAUAGACGCAGCAGUACAGGCAGCAAAAGCUGCAUUUAAGCCUGGAUCUGCAUGGCGCAAGAUGGAUGCUUCAGAUAGAGGACGUUUGUUGUACAAAAUGGCUGAUUUAAUGGAACGCGAUGCACAAUAUCUUGCGUCUCUGGAAUGCUUAGAUAGUGGAAGAUUGUAUGCUCACGCACUUCUCGGUGACAUACCCGCUUGUAUUAAAGUAUUCAGAUACUUUGCUGGAUGGGCGGAUAAGUACCACGGGAAAACAAUUCCAUUUGAUGGCGAUUACUUUUGCUAUACCAAGCAUGAACCUGUAGGAGUUUGUGGAGCAAUAAUUCCUUGGAACGUUCCCAUAGCUAUGUUCACAUGGAAAACUGCGGCCUGUUUGUCGAUGGGGAAUGUUCUUGUUCUGAAACCAGCAGAAAAUACUCCUUUGACUGCAUUGUAUUUAGCAUCACUUAUGAAAGAAGCUGGAUUUCCACCAGGAGUUUUGAACGUUGUGCCAGGAUAUGGCAAGACUGCUGGACACGCUCUAUCACAUCACAUGGAAGUUGAUAAGAUUGCAUUCACAGGAUCAGGAAUGACAGGACGCUUGAUUCAGAAAGCUUCGGCUGACUCUAAUCUGAAACGAGUCUCUCUAGAACUGGGAGGGAAAAGUCCAAACAUAGUAUUUUCAGACGCUGAUGUUGACGAAGCUGUAUCUCUUGCAAAUACUGCUGUAUUUACGCACAACGGACAGAUUUGCUGUGCAGGAACCCGGACUUUUGUUCAAGAAGACAUUUACGAUGAAUUCGUUAGAAAGAGCGUUGAAAAAGCAAAAUCUUUGCCAUCUGGAGAUCCUAGUGAAAUCACCACAGUACAUGGACCUCUGAUUAGCAAAAUCCAAGAAGAUCGAGUGUUGGGACUUCUGAAAAGUGGUGUCGAAGAAGGUGCUAAAGUUAUGUGUGGUGGGAAAAAGAUGGAGGGAAAGAACGGAUUUUAUAUAGAACCAACUGUAUUUACUGAUCUUCGUGAUGACAUGAGAGUUUCAAAAGAAGAGAUCUUUGGACCUGUCCAACAAAUUUACAAGUUCAAAGACGUUGAUGAAGUUAUAGAAAGAGCAAAUAAUAGCCGGUAUGGGCUUGCUGCCGCUGUUAUUACGAAGGAUAUUGACAAAGUCAUGGCGAUUACAAAUGCUCUGCAGUCAGGAAUCGUGUGGGUGAACUGUUAUUUCCCCCUCAGUCCGGGGGCUGCUUUUGGGGGAUUUAAAGAAUCUGGAAUUGGCCGAGAUAUGAGUGAAUAUGCUCUAAGUCAAUACACUGAAGUUAAGACAGUUAUUAUGAAGAUUCCUGGAUCUGGCGCCAAAAUUUAAUGAAAAAAAAAAUGAUUUUAGUGUUAAGACCUGAUUUCGAUCUUAGUAUUCGAUCAAUAAGUAAUUAAUUAUUUUCAUUAAAUUUACUGAGAUCUUACAUACCUCAAGACUCUCACUUCAUUUUUAUUUUAAUUUUGUUCCAAGAAAAUCUUCAUUAAUUAUGCUAUUAUGCUUAAUAUUUACUGAGCAACAAAUAUAAACCUAUAGUAUAUGUCUAUCGAGUUACAUCAUUAUAAGGUACAAUAGAUUCUGUGUUUUUACUCUGCUUCUAUAAUUUAAAUGAACUGACACAAUAUAAUGAUAAUAAAAUCCGUCACCUAUAUCCGCCUCAUUCUUUAAUAAAUUAUGAUAUUAUGCUCAAUAUUUACUGAGCAACAAAUAUAAACCUAUACUGCAGCGGUUCCCAAACUAUGGGUCGCGACUCUAAUACGUAAAUCUUCAAAAAAAUAUAUAAAAACUUAAUUAAAUUUAAGAUCUAAGCUGUGUAAGGUACCUUUUUACAAUCUUCUCAAAAUAACAAAAAAUUGCUACACAAAGAAUGACCAUGUGGUUUUUUACGCAUAGCAGUUUUGUAAACUGUACAGUACUUAUUACCGUGUUUCCCCGAAAAUCACUGACCUAUAGUAUAUGUCUGUCGAUUUACAUCAUUAUAAAGUACAAUAGAUUCUG